ACAAGGUAGAGUACAUUUAUGAUGCCAGAAGAAUCCACAUUAGAACACCUGGGGAGAAACGUCGAGAGCCCUGGGGACAAGCCCGUAGAUUUUGGGGCCUCCGUGUGGGAGCAAGAUGAAGCAAUGUGAUUGCACAAAGAAGCAGACCAGACGCUCGUCAAAAUGAAGAGGUAAACCAGUGCUCCGAAACCCCCACAUUACCUACUUGCAAGCCAGCAGAUGGCUUCCAAGUCAACGAAGAUGCCUGAUGACUUCAAUAUAUUUUAUCUUCUCAAGGAUGCCCUCUCCUUGGAGAGUUCAGAAGAGCCCAUGGAUGAGUCCAGAGAGGAGACAAACCCUCAGCUCCAAGGAUUGACGGGCCUACGUAAUCUAGGCAACACCUGUUACAUGAAUGCUGUGAUCCAGUGCCUCUGCAGUGUGUCUCCCCUGGUGGAAUAUUUCCUGUCUGGAAUGUAUACAUCAUCCCUAGACAAGGAGAAUGGGGAGAUUGCGACGGCCUUUGCCUAUUUAAUGAAUGACAUGUGGCUGGGAGAUUUUGACUGCGUGUCUCCAGAGGUGUUUAGACUGGUGAUUGGUGAGCGAUAUCCUACUUUUAUCAAGAAGACCCAGCAGGAUGCUCAGGAAUUUCUGAUUUAUGUCUUGAAUGAACUGCAUGAAGCUCUCAAGAAGACAAGUAAGAAAAGAAGCCAAGGGAGCUCAUCUACUGCCUGGGAACCCCGGCCUUCUGCAAACGAGACCUCCAUCAUCACCCGCCUUUUUGAAGGACAUCUCAGUUAUGACAUUAUGUGUCUGGAGUGUCAAACCACCACGUAUAAAAACGAGGUCUUCACUGUGCUCUCUCUUCCCAUCCCUUAUGAAAUGGAAUGCUCACUUGAGGAAUGUCUUGAAUGCUUCUUCCAGCAAGACAUGCUGACUUGGAACAAUCAGAUUAACUGUUCCAGUUGUGGGACGAAGCAAGAUGCUGCUGUGAAAGCCAGUAUAGCCAAGGCACCCAAGACGGUUAUCUUCCACUUAAAGAGGUUUGACUGUCAAGGUAGCUACAAGAAGAAACUGAAAACGGACAUCUACUACCCACUAAACAACCUGGAUUUGUCUCCUUAUAUAUAUCCACUCUUUCGGAAAAAUCCAAAAUACCACUUAUUUGCUGUGGUGAACCAUUUUGGAGACCUAGACGGUGGCCACUACACUGCAUUCUGCAAGCACACCCUCACCCAAAACUGGUACAACUUUGACGACUCCCAGAUCAGUGAGAUUCCAGAAUCCGCAGUACAGACUUCUGCAGCUUAUCUCCUGUUUUACAGCAGCCAAACAUUCUCUGUGCCUGUGAAAAACCAAAACGGCUAGGAAACACCAAGGCCAAGCAAACCAAUAGAGUGCAGCAAGCUGUGAGCGAUAAAUAUUCUGUGACUGGCCAGCCAAGUCAGGAUCCAUCUGUAGAGAAGAGCUUCUGUCUUUCCUCCAUUGUGUCUCCUGCUGGUAGUUCGUAAGCCAUGUAGAAACUGCUUUCCCUGCAACUUCUUAAAGAUGGAUGUUGGGUCUGAACACAUUCUCAGUAACCUUCCACAGAAUGUAGCACACCCCUAGACAAAUAAAUUCCUCCUGGACAGCCA